AUGAGGCCAGAACGACCAGCAUUGUCGUGGGACAAUGUUUGUGAAAUUGAACAUAAAAAUGUACAAUAUUACCCAUCGACGGCGACUGCGUCAACGAGCGGAAUGGAAACUGAACACGUUGCAUAUCAACAACCAUCAAUUGAUUUAUUUCAAAAAGAUCCCUCUAGUCCUUCGGAUGGGAAAGAGCAAUGCGGCCAAAAAGACGAUGAAAAUAUUCCCAAGUUUCAAAUUAACGAAUCUUUAUCUAAUGAAUAUCAAGAACGUAAUAAAUCAGAAAACGUAAUUCCAAUCGGUAGAGAUCAACUAAUGAAUACAACCAUGUUCGAUAACUUUUUAAUUGAUACGCAGAUGCAAAACAACAAAUCUACCCAAGACUUGAUUGAACAUAUUCCUGGUUUGUACCAUUUAUUAGACUUAUACAAAGACGAUGGAUCUAAUGGUCUUGUCGAUAAAACAAUUAUCUCCAAGGAUUUUCUAAAGAAACUAUGCGAUGAUAUGGCUCCAUCAA